AUGUCUUCUCUCCAUCUGCCAUCAAGCUUUUUUGAUCCCAACCCCAAAAGUCAAGCAAUCAGGAACCGGAGGUCCUUCCUGCUCGCCACUUGCUUGAUCGGUACAGCUUUGAUCUUUACUCUUCUGGUCAAUGCUGCUUCCUUUCAUCCAGUCGGGUCUGCUAUUGCCCUACAGGAGACGACGUCUUUACAAGUGAGGGCUGACUACCCUGUCUCCACAUACGUCUAUGAACGCGGUUUCUUUUCUUGGUUUAUCGGCAUUGCCGGAUCCGCUGUCGUCGGCGCCGCCAUUGCGUUCUCCAGUAUUGGACCUACGUCAGUUGCCGCCAUUGCGAACUCGCGAGCAGCGACAACUGAGCUGCAAAUGAGGAGGCAGAUAAUGAUCUACAUGGAGCCCGUUGACAAAUCUUCGAAACGAGAGAUCGAUCCCGUGGAGCAGUUCUUCAGUGAGCUUUAUGGUGUUGACAACUAUCGCUUCCACGGACGGAUCACCGAAGCCGACACAUUCAACCGAUAUCUGGUGGCGCAAAACAAUGGCGAACACGUUCCCGUGUUCAACUUCACAUCGCCUCAGGGAAUCCGUUUCCAUCAUGCGAUGGUUUACAAAGAUGACGGCACCAUCUUCCAUCGCUUUGGCCUUCCUGCUCCCCCAGCUGCGAGGAGCAGAAGAACCACCAUCUACGCUAAAUACGCCGACAACGAAUAUUUCACAUCCGGAGGCCUCGACGCACUCGACUCGGGUGGUCUCAACAACGGCAACGACCAAUACCUCAACACAGGAGACUACAGCAAGAUGCAGACCGAGCUUCAUUGUGCGGACUCAAGCCUCACGAGCUUGGGCGAGUUCGGUGUCCAGGUCUACGAUGCUACCACGCAAGAGACGAUCGGAUUCGCGACCAUUGCCCCUGUCUAA